AGCUUCAACUGCAUCGAAGGUCAGCCUGCCACCCGACGGGGCAGGGGGCCACCCCGAGGAGAGAAGACCUUCCCGGGAGGUGCAGAGAAGCGGCACCGGCGCCCAGCGGGGGAGGUGCCAGCUCCGCCAAGGCCCGCGGUCAGCACCCGGGGCGCAGGAAGAGCUGCCAGGGCAGGAGCCAUGGCCCUGCCACCUGUCUGCUGGCUGUGGGUUCUGGGGACCCUGGCAGGGCUCUCAGCUACCCCAGCCCCCAACAGCUGUCCAGAGAAGCACUACCGGGCUCCCAAAGAACUGUGCUGCCAGAUGUGUGAGCCAGGAAUGUUCCUGGUGAAGCACUGCGACCAGGAAGGGAAGGCUGCUCAGUGUGGUCGCUGUACACCGGGGGUCUCCUUCUCGCCAGACCAUCACACCCGGCCCCACUGUGAGAGCUGCCGGCACUGCAACUCUGGUCUUCUCAUUCGAAACUGCACCCUCACCUCCAAUACUGAGUGUGCCUGCCCUGAGGGCUGGCAGUGCAGGGACAAGGAGUGUACAGAGUGUGACCGUCCACCCCAGGCCCCAGGCCCACACCCACAACCCUUCCAGUCACCUGACGCUGAAGAGAUGCCAGAGGCCAGGACAGCCAGGCACACACGGACCCUGGCUGGCUCCAUGCUGCAGCCUGCCCCUACCCUUUCGACCCACUGGCCACCCCAGGAGAGAAUGCACACAGAAGAGUCCAUGAGAGAAGCCAGUCAGAAGGGUCCUGGGAGCAGGGCCCAAAAGUCCCUGUGCAGCUCGGAAUGCAUCCGCAUCUUUGUGAUCCUCUCUGGAAUGUUCCUUGCUUUCACCAUAGUCGGAGCCCUGUUCCUCCAUCAACAAAGAAAAUACGGAUUAAACGCAGGAGAAAGUCCAGCGGCGCCUGCAGAGCCUUGUCCAUACAGCUGCCCCAGGGAGGAAGAGGGCGGCGCCAUCCCCAUUCAGGAGGAUUACCGAAAACCUGAGCCACCUUGCUACCUCUGAGCCGGUGCCUGCAAUCAAGUCCUAGCCUCCAUCCCACCCCACCGGCCAUCCAGGGGGGUAGAGAGCUGGCACCCCCAACUUCAGCACCAUCCUCUCAUCAGGACCCCUUCCUGUGUACAGACGGGAGACUAUCCUGUGUGCCUUUUCGAGACUAGCAGUGGCGAGGACAAAAGGGAAUGAGGUGGAGGGCGGGAAGCAGGAGCCGGGUGUGUCCUCGCCCAGCCAGCUUCACCCCUUUGCUGCAAGAGGGCUGGGGCUCCAGGUUAGAAAGCACACUUCUGCCCACGAACGGCCCACGCACUAUACCGCUGAUCUGGAAACCUGGCGAAAUAAAGUGACAGAUUGCAGCACCUGCAGCUC